AUGUGGGAAGUCUUCUCUAGGUGGGGUGAAGUCCAGGAGGUUUUCAUUCCAUUCAAACGGAAUAGAGAAGGCAGAAAGUUUGGUUUUGUCAGGUUCUUUGUUGUAUCGGACCCUGUCAAGCUUAGGAGACAACUGGACCAGAUCAUUAUUGGAUGUACUAAGCUUCAUGUGAAUCCACCACGUUUUGAGAUACCCAAUCCACAACGCUUGGCGAACUCUGGCUAUCAAACAAGAAGUGAGAACUUGGAGAGGCAACCACGCACGAUCAGUAACCAAGCCAAAGGGUAUCCCCGAUCCGUAGCAGGUAAGAAAUCCUAUGCUGAAGCAGUCUCUGGUGGGGAAGGUAAGGCAGAGCCCCAUAAGAAUAUUUUGAAGAAACAACAGAUAAAACAGGGAAAGGCAAAGGGCGAAACGGUGGCACAAUUAUGGGUGGAAGACUCGAUUGAUGAAUGGCUACAGAGAUGCUGGGUUGGGAAAAUUCAGAAUAUUAGUAUGAUUGAUAAAUUACAGGAAACUAUGAUUAUAGAUGGUAUCCAUUCAAUCAAGGCUCGUUUUAUGGGAGAUGAUUUAUUCCUUCUGUCAGGUGAACAGGAGGAGAACUUGGAAGAUACCAUUAAAAGAUCAGAAGAUUGGAUGAAUGAGAUGUUUAGUUCUCUGGUUCCUUGGAGCCCCAAGAUUUCCCUGGAAUAUAGAAUGGUGUGGGUUAGGUGCUACGGCUUCCCACUCCAUGUGUGGAAAAGAAACUCUCUAGAAAAAUUAAUCUCCCCAAUUGGCUCUCUCAUUGAGAUGGAAACAUCAACUGAGAGUAUGUCUUGCAUUGAGUUUGCACGUUGA